GUGGAGCGCGGCGGACGUGGCUCGGGUCCGGCGCCCGCCCCGCCCCGGCCCGCCGCAUCCCUGCCCCGCCGGCCCCGGGAUGCGUGUGCGGCGCCCGGCGCUCGGCGCGCCUCAUUCAUUCGGCCCCGCUCCGGGUGGGAUAAGAACAUCCUCUGGGGAGAGGAAGUUGGUGUCCUUUCUCGUAAGUGGCUCCGGUAGAGCAGAGAGGAGCCGGGUUUGGACAGCGACGCCCUCCGCCCUGCUCCGGGAGACAGGCCCUGAGAGUCCAUGAGGAGCUCGGAAAUAGACGGACUGCAAGAACUGACGGGUCCGCACCAAGCAAGAACUUUGCCGCCUCUUUUUUGAUCCUGAAACCCGGGGGACCAUGGAUAUCAUAGAGACAGCCAAACUGGAUGAACACCUGGAAAACCCGACUGCAGACCCCGCCAGCACCUACACGAGACCCACAGAACCCAGCGAAGAAGAGGACAAAAAUGGCCCCGGGAAAGCUAAGAGCUUGCCCAACGGGCUGCGGAAAGGCGCCAAAAAGUACCCGGACUAUAUCCAGAUCGCUAUGCCCACCGACUCGAGGAACAAGUUCCCCCUGGAGUGGUGGAAGACAGGCGUUGCCUUCGUGUACGCCCUCUUCAACCUGGUCCUGACCACGGUCAUGAUCACGGUCGUCCACGAGAGGGUCCCCCCGAAGGAGCUCAGCCCUCCGCUCCCAGACAAGUUUUUUGAUUACAUUGAUCGGGUGAACUGGGCGUUUUCUGUAUCAGAAAUCAAUGGGAUUAUAUUAGUUGUAUUGUGGAUCACCCAGUGGCUGUUUCUAAGAUACAAGUCCAUAGUGGGACGCAGAUUCUUCUUCAUCAUCGGGACCCUCUACCUGUACCGCUGCGUCACCAUGUACGUCACCACGCUGCCCGUGCCCGGCAACCACUUCCAGUGUGCGCCCAAGCUCAACGGGGACUCCCAGGCCAAAGUGCAGCGGGUCCUGCGCCUGAUCUCCGGCGGGGGCCUGUCCAUCACCGGCUCGCACAUCCUGUGUGGCGACUUCCUCUUCAGCGGCCACACGGUCGUGCUGACCCUGACGUACUUGUUCAUCAAAGAAUACUCGCCCCGCCACUUCUGGUGGUACCACCUGGUGUGCUGGCUGCUGAGCGCCGCGGGCGUCGUCUGCAUCCUCGUGGCCCACGAGCACUACACCGUGGACGUCAUCGUGGCCUACUACAUCACCACGCGCCUCUUCUGGUGCUACCACGCCAUGGCCAACGAGAAGAACUUGAAGGUCUCGUCGCAGACUAACUUUCUGUCUCGAGCCUGGUGGUUCCCCAUCUUUUACUUUUUCGAGAAGAACGUCCAGGGCUCCAUCCCUUGCUGCUUCUCCUGGCCGCUGUCCUGGCCGCCUGGCUGCUUUAAAUCCUCCUGCAAAAAGUAUUCCCGGGUUCAGAAGAUCGGCGAGGACAACGAGAAGUCCACCUGAGGGGCAGAGCCCCGGCCUCGGCCCUCGGGCCGGGGAGCUGUCGCCGGCACCAAAGGUAUAGUUUUGUAGAUGUUCAGAGAACUGAUGCAAAGUGAAGAAGUGGACCAAUUUUAUAUAAAGCAUUAGAAAGAUGAAGUAUUACCCUUUGGCUGUCUGGGGUUUGGUUUCGAAUUCAUCCCGAGGAAGAUUCUCCUGAAGCCCUUGUUCCUGAUGACAAGCCCGCCCGCCGGGGGACGGUCACCGAGAGUUUGUUCCAGAUGCCAAAGAACCAGGCCCCUCCCCGCAGCCCCCCCACCAGGCUCGCUGGCCUGCCGGCGUAUCUCCCUGCGAGGUCAGAAGCAAUCGUUAAUGUUUCCAAUAAAAUCCCUGCCUCUGUCUCCGGUGGCCGUCCGCGGGACGCCCUGUAGCUGAGAGCGGGGGAGUCGGAGGAGGAAGCCUAUGGCUUUGGGGCGAGGCGGGGGUGGGUGCGGGGGGGCACGUUCAGCCCCCGCCCUGCCUGGCUGCUGCCCCCGCCCCGCCCUCUGCGCCCUGCAUCACUCUGGGUUGCUUUGGUUUCCGUGAGAGCGGAAGGUCACGUCCGUGAGCCGGGGGAGCGUCCGUGGCUGCACCUGCAUGGAAACCUCCACCGGUCCCUGGCUCAGCGGGAGGAAACUCGGGCGGGGCUGUUCCUGCAGGGCUUGCCCACACAUGGGCCCCCCACUGUGUGUGUCUCGGGGGUGGGGUGGGGGAAUGCCUUGGUGACCUGUGGGUGCAGACACCGAGGCCCAGAUUCGGGGGCACGGGCCGGCAGACUGCUGGGAGGGCCCCAGGGUGCGCCCUGGUUCCUUGCUCAUGGGCGUCUCGGCAGGACAGCUGUUCACUGGAGAUUCCCACGGUUGGGGUCAUUUCCCUUCAGCAACCAGAGACCUCCCCGUCCUCAUGUAAGCAGGGGGAGUGCGGCAGGAGGCGUUUCUAAAGUUCUUUGAGGUGAUGCACCCCCCCCCGUACACACACACACACACACACACACACACACACACACACACACAUACACAUACACACACGGUGGAUUCGAAAAAUCCAGUCAUAGCUCUCACUGUCAUAGCUACUGUUUGGUUUGAUGCAGUUGAAUCUCUGGGGUGAUUUGGGGCUAGUGUGAGAUUCCUGAUCCCCUCAGAAGAUGUCAGGAUGCCAGAGCAGCCCUGCUGCGUCAGCGGGAAGUGUGACCGGUCGCGAGGCAGUUCGGAAGCGGCCGAAGCUGCAAACUGGCCCUGCUUUGAGUGAGAAAUAAGCCUCAAUUUGUCACCCAACGCUUGUCAGCCUCGGUGGAGCACAUAGGAUUGACCUUUAAAUUGUAAGCACAAUACAGAUCUCUUCAGAGGCUCACGGCCCUUUGGUGCUAAAAUUUCUGUGUUUUCAAGCCAGCCCCGGCUCCGAGUCGGAGAACCCCUGCAGGAAAUAGAGCAGAACUCAAAGGCAGGAAGAGAGCUCUCUGAUCUGGUCAUUUCAAACAAGAACCUAGGCGGCCUUGGCAGGGUCUGCCCGUAGGAAGUUCGUCUAGUAUUUAUGAGGACGUGAACCAAUAGGAAACAUAUCUACCAUUCAGCCGUUUCUACACCGUUUUCACUUACUUUUCUUACUGACGUUGACUUUUGUGAUAGAACCAGGGAUUUGCUUACCACCGACAUCCUGCUCUCUGGCGGGGCAGGGGCUUGUUCUCCUGGCUCUGUCUUACUCCCGGAGCUUCUGAUUCAGGCAAAGCAGCCCAGCAUGCCUUUGACUCUUAGCUUUGUCUCUGACAACCCACUUUCCCUUCGAUUAGAGAAGGAAAAGUAUUUGAGCUUUGAAAACACCACGGUGUGCUGCUCGUGGGAGAUCCUUGAAAACAGGAAACUUACCAUUUUAGUUCAGAUUCCAGCUUUGUGUCUCCUUUCCAAAAGAAGGGGGAUACCAUCACCUUUCAAAGAACUUUAAAAACAUGCAGCACGAGGGGCGCCUGAGUCGCACCUUCUGUCCACGGCCGGUCGCAGUGCCCUGGGGUGCUAAGGAAGUCUGUGGUUUGAAGGACCCACCCACAUUUCCAGAUGCAAAAAUAGGAGGGACAAGUGAAAUCCAGCUCCCAGUGUGGGACAGCAGCCCUGAGGGGGAGAUCGAUGCCUCAGUUUCCCUCUUGGGAGCUGCCUCUUCUCGCUAGUUCCCUGCAGGCCCCCCCAGCCCUGCUUACCCCCCCCCCCCCCCCCCCGCGCUGCGGCCAGAGGGUGGUCCUGCCACGGCCCUCUGUGCAUGCAGAGAGUCAGUUUGAUGAAGCCACAUUGUUUUCCAGAUUCUUUCAAUGCCCCUGAGAUUCUAUUUUGGGAGCUUCUUCUCCCCAGCUCUGAAAAUAAAGCACUCCCCUCCUCCCACGCCCCACCCCAAGGACCACCCAAAGUCAGCUUGUGCGUUCCUUUCCUGGUCUCUGAGAAGUGGAGUCUGGCCUCUGGCCUCUCACCUCGGUUUUUGCACAGCAGAUGGUUCUUUGCUGGACACCGGCGCCCCCUGGUGGAAAGGUGUUAUAUGACUUGCCACUUUUUAAAGCAUCAAGGUGGUUGUGUUUUUUUUUUUUUUUAAAGGCAUUUGUUUUGUAUUGUUUUUACCAAAAAUCUAAAAGCUUUGUGCAAAAUAAUUUUUUUUUAUUUUUUGUAAAAGAAAUUAUUUUAAAGGCAUAUGAAACCUUUCUCAAAGGGUUUAGAUCACAGGGAGUUGCUAUUCUAAUCUUUGAUCCAUUUAAUGGAGAAAAAAAAGACCCUAGCCAUUUUUACCUCUGAUUCUCACAAUCGUUAAUGUCUCCCUUUAUAACUACCUACACUGUGUUUACUUUGAAACACCAAGCGUCCUUCUUGUGAUGGGUUUUGCACAUGUUGGAAGUCUUGCAUUUUUUUUUAAUUGAAAGUUCAUAUCUUAUAUUUUGACUCUUUGGAACAUUUUAUUUAAACAUUUUUCGUCGUCGUUUUUAUUUUGCACUGUAAAACUGAUGAAAAAUUUAAACCAGUCUUAAUAUGCUCAUUUCUGUAGUCUAAGUGUGAGGAAGAGUAAAUGCGUUUACAAGUCUUAAUCAAACCUACAAAGGACUAUGCCAUGUGUUGGAGGCUCUUCUUUUUUGUAUGUAAAAAAGUUUCUUGUAUUUUUUAAAUGUCAUUGUACUACAUUAAUUUAACUUCUUUGACUUAAUUGCUAAAACAUAUUCUGUUAAGACGUGCUCUUGAUUUCAAUUCCUAGACACUGAAAAUCAUGUCAAAAGUACCCAAAGUUACAUGUUUUUACCAAGAAAGACCACCUAAGUCCCUGAUUUAUCUUAUUACCCAUUAAUCAAACUGUGCUAUGUCCUAGUUGAAUCAUGAAAGAAGGUGGUUUAAUUGUGGAAUUAUUUUAAAUUAUCUCUAAAAGAAGAGAACCUAUAAACAUAAGCUAAUCCAGUUGCCAAGUUGGAAUUCAUUAUUUGAUUUACCUCCUAUGCAAUGAUUAAUGCUGCGAAAUGUCAAAUGUACAGUUAUGUUACGGGAUAUUCACAAAAGAAAUAGCAUUACAGGUUCAGAGAGAGCCGACUGCAUUCUUUCAGAAACUUACUAUACUGUUUGAAUGUGUUAAGUGCCUUGUUGUAAAGUAAAUUUUGAGUCAAGAAUUCAUUCUAUUCCUGGCAUAUAUUUUUCAUUAUGACGUAUACUAUGUCCGACUGUAAUCAUUUUAUUAAGUGCUUAUGUUUUGAUCAGAUACUUGUACAUUUCUGAAACUGUUCUCGCCACCAGAACCUUAAUCAUUGGUCGGCCGCUCAGGCUUUAAAUUCAAGUUGUUGUUUUGUUUUUUGCUUUUAAAGAGAAAAUAAUCUUUGCUCAUAGUUGUUUCUGCGCUUGUGCUUCUCUGUUUGUAAAAACAUUUCAGGAGGAAUUUGGGAGUGUCACAAGAGUUUGUACUUUAAAAUGCUAUUUUACACUUACAUUUUAAGUGCCUAACUGUUAGUUAAAACUAAUUUAUGUUUCUGGAAAAAAAAUACGUGUACAUGGUUUCUAAUCUCUUUGGCUUUGCUUAAAAAAGAAUAAAGUAAGAGCCUAUACUUUGUAUUUACCCAAUAAAGGAUAGUGUUG